AUGAUGGAGUCUUCUAAUGCUUGGGACCGUCAAGACCCGACCCUAUCUGUCCCCUCCCAAGAUGAUUUCCAGCAAUUCCUCGACAUUGGCAUGAACGACCUCAGUGACAGUCUUCAAUUUGAUUUCCCCGACUACAACCACCAACAUGCGACGCAGAGCCAAUUGAUGCAUCAGAAUGGCGAUGAGGCAAUGCAUACCGGGAUGGAGAAUGGGGGUUCGACUGGGCACGAUACUACAAUGCAAGAGCACAUGCCUUCGAUGACAACGGCCACGAGCUAUGCUACGAUACAAGGAGGGGCUAACUCCCAAGCACAUUCUUCGAAUGAGAGUUUGGUCGAGUUGGACGCACAAAUACAGUAUCUACAACAUCAGCGCCAUCAACAGCAGCAGCGUCAAUUACACGAGCAGCAGCAGAAUUAUUAUACUCAGAACCCGAUGAUUCCUCCAACACCCAGUAGCAUGGAUUUGCACGGAGCUAAUGCUCAUUUUUAUCCACAAUCGGAUCCUCAACAUCAGGCUAUGUAUGAUAGGUACCAGAUGCAAGCGAAGCAACAAGACAUGGCUUUCACUCCACUUGUAUCACCAGCAGUGACUCCUCUAGAAUCCCACUUCAAUAUUCCGGAAUACACUGUACCAGGAGCCUAUUUCAGCCCCUUAAGCUCUCCAGCUUUACACGCCCAGAACGAGCACUCAGCCAUCUACGACGCGCGAAAUUCGGGCACCACAAAUUCUCCUAUCGAUAUGAACCCAGAAACUCAUUCUGCGCCUGCAAGCUCAGUCAUCCUUUCGAGAAAAGCAAGUAAACAAGCACCGCAGAAACCACGCAGUGUGCGAACCGUACGGCAGUCUCCCAUAGUGAAACCGCGGAAAUCCAAAAAGAGUGGCACAAGUAUUCCUGCCCAAGCUCUUGGGGACAUCAUAGAACCCACCAAUCCUCAGAUUACCCGUUCGAAUGCGGCAAGUCUGUCUUAUUCUAACCCUAGUACGGAAGAGUCAGAGGACUCAAUAUCUCCUGAGCAUCUGUCAGAUAUGGCUCCACCUCCAGUACCACCUCCUGGAUCAGCAGGAAGAUCUCCUUAUAUUACGUCCCAGAAGGAGAACCCGAGUCUUCAACACCUGGCUCUUGGGUCUCCUGCAACUCCUGCAUCGCUGAUGAGAUUAACGCAAUCACCUCAAGCGAACGGAGCUGGCAAUAACCAGAAUAUGGAUAUCGACCAAGGAAUGGAGGUUUUCGCCCUACCGGAACCUGCCACUUCUUCGAAACCAAAGCCUUCACCUAUAGACACUCAGUCUGAUGGUCAAAUUACUCCCACGUUAGCUUCAUCUGGUGUCCAAGCUCCUGGCUUUCAGCCUCUGCCAUCCCCAGCUUUCAAUCGUUCGAGGACAAGUGUAUCUGCAAGUCAGAGUCCUCAAAUUGAUUCUAUGAACGGGAGAAAGUCGGCUCAAACUUCUGCUCGCGGCUCUAAAAAACGUGCAGGUAGUUCAGUCCUCGCAUCACCUGCACUUUUGCCACGGAUAUCUCCUAGUAUGAAGCCACUUAUCCCAGGGACUCCAAAUUUGUCCGAGAGUACCGCUUCGCUGCUCCUAGCAUCCAAGUCAAAUUACCAGAAAAUCUUAGAAGGUACUCAUCUUCCUGGAGUUUCUUAUCCCUCGGAGUUAUCCACAAACUUGACCUCCAAACGCACCUCUCAUAAGAUUGCUGAACAAGGUCGGCGAAAUCGUAUAAACUUCGCCCUCCAAGAAAUCGCUACACUGUUGCCACGGGACACUAAGGACAGCUCUGGAGAAAAGAGUGGAAGCGGUGAUGCUGGAGAACCUAAUGAUCCUGGAGGGAGUGGGAAAGGUGCGGCUCAGAGUGCAAAUAGCAAAGCUAGCACUGUCGAACAGGCUAUCGAAUAUAUCAAGCAGUUGAAGCAGGAAGUCGCCGACGCAAAUAAGAGGGCGGAGGAAGCCGAGAAGCAGCUUGGUGUGAAGUCGUAG